AUGGUGCUCGUAGCGCUACUGCUCCUAUUAAGUGAUAAUUUAUUGCCUGUUCAAACCAAUGUUGCUAUCGUCAGUGAAGGCUAUCAGAAUGCAGCCGCGAAUGAAAAAUGUGUACCAAUAACAAUGCAAAUGUGCAAAGAUAUACCUUAUAAUAUGACAUUGUAUCCUAAUAUUCUUGGUCACACGAAAGAAGAAGACGCAGCUCUCGAGGUGCAUCAGUUUUUGCCAUUGGUGAAGGUGAAGUGCAGUGAAGAUCUGAAAUUCUUCUUAUGCACGAUCUACGCACCAGUUUGCACUGUGCUUGGUCGACCCAUACCACCUUGUCGCCAUUUGUGUUUAUCGGCAAAAUUAGGUUGUGAAAAUUUGAUGAAUAAGUUCGGUUUUAAAUGGCCUCCGUUGCUCGCAUGUGAGCGUUUCCCAGUUGAUGGGAUGUGCGUUGGUGAAAAUCGAACUGAUUCGAGCACUGAAGCACCACAAGUACAUUCUCGUACCACAACAUUCACGCAAAUGGAAUGCCCACAUACUAUGCAGGUAUUGAGUAAGGCGAAAUAUUCAUUACGAGUGGCAAACACCACACUUGAACAAUGUUCAUUACCUUGCACGGUUGAUAACCUGGUUCCAAUGUUUUUCGAUUCGAGAAUAAGAAGAUAUCUUCGAUUUUGGACUGGUGCUUGGGCAGUUGCUUGUUUUGCGAGUUCACUAUUCACGGUGCUAACGUUUCUGAUCGAUAUGGCGCGUUUCCCAUAUCCAGUUCGACCGAUCUUUUAUUUGGCAAUAUGCUACAUGUUCAUUUCAUUCGUUUAUAUGCUCGGUUUAGUGGCUGAAGACAAAAUCUCGUGUGCAGCCAUAUCAGCUAGUAAUACGCCACUUGUCACACAAGGAAUUCACAGUUUUCCUUGUACUCUUGUUGCUGUUAUACACUAUUAUUUUAGUGUAGCAAGCAGUGUUUGGUGGGUGGUGUUGUGCGUAGCAUGGUUUUUAGCAGCAAAUUUGAAAUGGGCUCAAGAGUCAAUCGAGGCAUUAGCUGCAUAUUUUCAUGUGCUUGCAUGGGGUAUACCAGCAUUCUUAACAAUCAUAGUUCUGAUCGCAAACAGCAUUGAUGGUGAUCUGUUCACAGGCAUCUGCUCAGUUGGAAAUCUGAAACCAUCUGCGUUGUUCAACUUUGUUUUCAUACCAAUAUUUACAUGCAUUGCUCUUGGAUUGUUGCUGUUGGGCUGUGGGAUUGUUUCGAUGUUACGCAUACGACGUUACAUAAAGUUCAAGCAUAGUGAUAUCGAUCAAAAUAUUCGCAAACUUGAAAAGUUGAUGUUGCGUAUCUGUGCGUUUGCAUUCAUGUACACACUGCCGACGAUGGUUAGUGCAGCAUGUGUUGCGUAUGAAGCAUUUAUGAUGGAAAAUUGGAUGGCCAAUUGGUUAGCAAUGCGAUGCGCACGUUCUGAUCGUACCACUUUCGGCUUUUCGUUGCCACGACAGACAUGCGCACCAACUGAAAAUAUACGACCACCAGAUUUGUUGAUAUAUUUUUUUAAAUAUCUGAUGCAAUUAGUUGUUGGUAUUACAUGUGCUGUAUGGGUUUGCAGUAGUAAAACCUUGAACAGCUAUUCGCAAGCGUAUGCUCGUAUUGUGCAUGGUCGAUCGCAAGUACCAACUCGAGUACAUUAA